AAAAAAGGGUAUGGUUGUCAACUCAAUGUUUGAAAUCAUAACUUUGCUUUGAAAAACUCAAGUUCCAGUUCACAUGUGAUAAACAAAUAUUUCCGUCAAAUGAAUAAACCUUCAGCUUGUCUUUGACACCGUGACCAUGUACAGCAGGAAUAAAGUUCGUACAAGUGUCACGCCGAAAGAGGUAAAUCCAUUUGGGCUACAAUUUAGUCUUCAGGCACAAGCUACUACCGUGAAUGAAAGACCCGCACAAAGCAGCCAUCAGAGUUCUGAUUUCCGUUUUGCAAGGGAGCAGCACAGCAACCCUUACCGCUCACUGUCAGAGUACACCAGUAGUAGUAGUCAUCCAGCAUCAGGACGUCGUCACAGCCAACCUUUAGGCAGAGAAGGAGAGGGUCAUGAACGUCAUUCUUCUGCUACCUAUCCCUCAGCAGGAGUUACUGAGCACCGUAAUGCACCUAAACAUCGCCAAGUCCAUCACCCAGCCACAGCCUAUGCAACCCAGCUGACAGACCUUGCCCAACCAGAGAAUGUGUCAUCCCAAUACUUAAAGGGACAGAGAGAGGAUUGUAGUAAUAACCCAUACAUCGAGCAAUCACCUCGACAGGUUCACAGUGCAGGAGCUGUGCAAUCUAGACAGCCUAAGGGACCUAUGCAUAUCCCAGCUGCUAACAUUACAAUCUUUACCUGUGAUAAGGUGAUGAUAGCUGAGAGUCCAUCCAUUCCAGGUAUACCUAUCAUAUACAGAUCACCAGAAGAAAGAGCAGCUAACCCAGACAGACUCAAUCUCGACAGGAGGAGGCUGACCAUUUGCCCUAUCCUAGAAGGAGAAGACCAUCUAAGGUUAUUAAACUUCCAGCAUAACAGUAUCCGGAAAAUAGAGCACCUGACAAGCCUAAGGAGGCUCAUCUUCCUGGACCUUUAUGACAACCAUCUAGAGGAAAUCACAGGACUAGGUGCCUUGAAAUCACUAAGGGUACUCAUGUUGGGAAAGAACAGAAUCAAGAAAAUAGAGAACCUGAAUGCAAUGACCAAACUAGAUGUGUUAGAUCUCCAUGGCAACCAGAUAGAGAAAGUGGAGAAUCUUGGCCACCUUGAGGAGCUUCGUGUUCUGAAUCUUGCUGGUAACAACAUCACUCAUGUCAACAACAUGGCUGGGAUGGAAGCAUUGGCAGAACUCAAUCUUAGACGCAACAAAAUUAUCACUGUGUCCGAUGUGGAUUAUCUUCCAAGUUUACAGAGACUGUUCUUGAGCUUCAACUGUAUCACAAGUUAUGAAGAUAUUUGCUGUAUUGCGGAUGCACCAUCACUGUCUGAGGUCUCCCUUGAUGGUAACCCGUUGUCUCAAGAUAUCAACUACAAGUCCAUCAUUCUCAGAAAUGUCAAACAGAUCAGGCAGUUAGAUAUGAAGAGAAUAACGGAAGAUGAGAGAAGAGUUACUACGACUGCUGUCAAGAAAGAAGAAGACAAAAAGAAAGAAACUAGUAAGCUGGUGGUUCUGAAGGAGAAGAGGCGGCUAGCUAUUAACAAUGCUGCAAGGCAAUGGGAGGUAACUAAGAGUACAGCUAUGGCUAAGACCAUUCAUCUGCAACCAGGAUCUUAUAGUAUGACUAGAGAGAGAGAGGCCUCAACACCAGACAACAUGUACAGCAGACCAGGGUCUGGUGACAUGGACACUGACCGGAGCCAGUCUAUAGACUUACUAGAUGAUAAGAGUAGAGCCUCCUCUCGUACAUCAAUGCACUCAGUGUCCAGAAAAUCCAGUAAAGCACCUACUCCUGACCUACUAGCAAACAUCUCUUCUGAGGCCUGCCACUUAGCUGAGCUAGAGGGCGACACGUUGAAUCUUUAUGGUGCAGGUUCAAUGGAAGCUCUGGAUAAGAACUGGGGUGUUCAAGCUGCAGGCUCUGUCACCACAGUCUCAUUCAAGUUUAUUGACUUUGAAGAGGUUGCUAAACAUCUACACAAGAUCAGGAUACGAUUCCCAAAUGUUUCUACGAUCUUGAUUGGUGAGUGUAACCUGAACAGUCUACAACAGUUAAACGCCUUGACAUCACUACGCCGUCUAGAAAGUAUCAGCCUAACCAAUGAGGGUAACCCACUCACAAUGUUCUCUCUCUGGAAACCAUACCUUCUCUUCAGACUCUCACAUCUCUCCAUCAAGCAAAUUAAUAACAAACAGGUAUCUGAGUUAGAUCGUAAGCAUGCUGAGAACCUCUUUGCACCCAUAUCCCACAUCACCACCUCACAGUUACCUCCCUCACGCCUACUUGGGCUCCUUGGGGACCACUGUAGGCGCAACACCCAAGCACUCUCAGAGCUUGAGCUCAAAGCCAAGAAGCAGUUGAAUGCAGAUCAGAAGACAUCAUCUGAGAAUGUGGGCAGAGCUGGCUUGCAGUAUUACAGUGAACAAGUGCUGGAGGGUUUACUGCGGGAGCGAGUAUCAAGAUCAGUAUUUGCCCGUACCUACAUCAAGGAAUUAACAUCAGAGGCUAUCGACAUAAACAAAAAACAAAAUGCACUAGAGAAAAUCUGGCCUCAAAUGUUUGUGGAAAUGAUUCAUAGUGCAGUGCACAAGAUGUGGAACCUAGAAGAGUAUAGAUGCACUGAACUACGAGACUUCCAGAAGAGGAAAUGAUAGAUGAAGAGUUUAUCAGUUGUUGAAUGUUUGGGAGAGUGGAAGUAUGUCAACACUUAUGCUGAUAAUUGGUUCACCUCAACAGUACUCCAUGCACACACAUACCAGAAUGUAUCUUAUGUUUAGGCACUAGAAGACAAGGUUGCAAAGGUUUCAAAGGUUCGCAAGGUUUCAAAGGUUGCAUUUAUGGAAAUACACUGAAGAUAUACACUUCCAUGUACUUUGAUUUCAUCACGAGUUAAUAAUCACAAUCUUUCAGUCCAUGAUAAAACAACACUCUAUUGUUUAACAUAAUAAGAAAGAACUAGCUUUGGGUUAUAUCAUUACUAUUUAUAUAGUGUUCAUUUAGUCAAAUCCAAGCAGUUGAUUUGGCAGAGUAAGAAGUUGUACCAUUAUUGCAACAGUUGACAUUCUUUGCUGACAAAUGAAAUAUUUCAAUUUUUCAAGGAAACUGUACAUAUAUGUAGAUUUGUAAAUGUCAAGUUUGUGCAAUUGAGUUUUUUUAAGUCAGGGUGUUGAUGGAAUGCUAUCAGUAAAAAUGUUCUUCAUCCAAGUUUGUCAGUAAGCAGUAUUGUAAUAAAUCACUUUUUGAAGGAAUAAAAGUUUCCUGAA